CACUUCCUAAAGUGGAUACGUAUACUGUACAACCACGAGCAGAUUUUAAAGCAAACAUUUAGUCAAUUACUCUUGUCUUCUAUUGUGUUGCAUAUCUCUUUUACAGGUGGUCGUCUUCAAGACGCGUGUCGGCUGUUAGCAAGUUAUGACGACGAGGAAGCGUCCAAACAUUCUGCUAACAGGAACUCCUGGAGUUGGAAAGACCACCUUAGGAAAGGAGCUAGCCCAGCAGACAGGGCUGACCUAUAUUAACAUUGGAGACCUGGCCCAGGAAGGACAACUUUAUGAUGGUUAUGAUGAAGAAUACCAGUGCCCGAUUUUGGAUGAGGACAGGGUGGUGGAUGAGCUGGAUGAAAAGAUGGUGGAAGGUGGUGUGAUUGUUGAUUAUCAUGGUUGUGACUUGUUCCCUGAACGAUGGUUCCACAUCGUCAUUGUCCUCCGCACAGACAACACCCAGCUGUACAUACGGCUAGAGAGCAGGGGUUACACAGGGAAGAAGCUGCAGGACAACGUGCAGUGUGAGAUCUUCCAGACCAUCUACGAGGAGGCCAUGGAGGCCUACAGCAAGGAGAUUGUCCACCAGCUGCCCAGCAAUACUCCUGAGGAUCUCGAGAGCAACCUGGCACAGAUAAUGCAGUGGAUUGAGCAGUGGAUGAAGGACCAUAACUAGAAGCUGAACUCUGCCUGCUGGGCUCCAUUAGCAAGACUGUUAAAACAUAUUUGGUCAAUUAAACAAGAGUUGUAGUUA